AUGGCGCCUUCAUUACCAUGUGAGUGGGAGGACGACUUCUGGGCCGACGAACACUCAUUCCCCUUAGAUGCUGCAGACGUUGAGUCGCCGCUCAAGCCCGAAGAGCUCCAGGUCCUCCGAGCGCAGUACGAGAAGGAGGGCGAAUAUGUUGGGCUGCAGACAAAGUUCAACUACGCAUGGGGCCUGAUCAAGUCGACGUCUCGUCCCGACCAGCAAGAGGGCGUGCGCCUGCUCUCUGAGAUCUUUCGCAACUCGCGCGAGCGCCGGCGCGAAUGCCUAUACUACCUCGCUCUGGGCAACUACAAGCUGGGCAACUACGCUGAGGCGCGGCGGUACAACGAGCUCUUGCUGGAGCUGGAGCCCGCCAACCUGCAGGCGGGAAGCCUGAAGAGCCUCAUCGACGAGAAGGUGGCGAAGGAGGGGCUGACAAUACCAUACACUACAAAGCCUCGCUGUCUCACCCGCGCGCUUCUCUCCUACGCCGCUACAAACCCGGUUUUCUCCAAGUCGAGCUACGACGCUCUCAGCCGCCGCGGGACGAAUCGCAGGGCCCCUGCUGGGCGAACAACGUCAUCCCCGUCUGACAACUUCCGCACUCAGUGGCCAAACCUUGCCGCCGACUUCGCAUUCGCGCUUCUCUCUUGCCCCAACCUGCGUGGUAGCCUGAGCGGUAGCUUCCGGGCGAAGCGCAGCGCCCGUCAGCCCGUUCAGCAUGGCCAUGAAGCCCCCUAUAGAUCCUGGCGGCAUGCCACCCUGAGGAGACAUGGACCGCGUGACUGUGGCCUGCAGGUUGUACCGCCCCGGCGCCGUCUGUGUGAAUCGGAAAUUGCUAAUAUCGUCCUCGUCUGGAUCGUCAUUUUGCCACGGGUGGUUGUUGUGAGGAUGGUGGUGGGGGUGGGCGCCACCGAGAUCGGACGACGACCGCAAGGUCAGCAACAAGGCUCGGGGCAAGGCCAGGGCGAGGGUCUGUUUUCUGGCCCCGGGUCGAAUGCGAACCAGUCUGGCUCCCAAGACGCAGCAAACCAAGGCGCAGACGGAGGACCGCAAGUUCGGGGAGGAAGAUUCACAUAUCAUGGUGGAGUGCGGAUUUUGCCUCGAGACCUAAACAGUGCUGGGCGGGCUGAGCCUGUCGACGAACUAACCAACGUCAUGACAGGCCUCUUUGCCGCAUUUGGCGCGCCUCCUGGCCACGUUCACGCCCAUGGCCCUGCCCAAGGCGGUGCCCAGGGCCUGUUUGGUGGCGAGCACAACCAUGGCGCUGGCGAGCAGUUUGCUGGCAACCCAAUCCUGAAUCUCUUCUCUGCAAUGGGCAUGAUGGGCCCUGGUAACAUGGGAGACUUUGUUUAUUCACAAGAAGGUCUUGACCGCAUUGUUUCUCAGCUCAUGGAACAGACUGCAACGAGUAACGCACCGGGGCCUGCGACUCAGGCUGAUAUCGACGCCCUCCCGCGCAAAGAGGUGACGGAGGAAAUGCUGGGCGAGGAGCACAAGGCCGAGUGCAGCAUCUGCAUGGACGAGGUCAACAUUGGCGAACAGGUGACGCUAUUGCCCUGCAAGCACUGGUUCCAUCAUGCCUGCAUAUCUGCAUGGCUGCUAGAGCACGACACGUGCCCGCAUUGCCGAAAGGGCAUCACCAAGGGUGGUCAGGACCAGUCGAACAACCCUGCACCAUCGGGUUCACAGGAGGAUCCCACAUCCCAGAUGCCUGGUGCGUUCACGGCGGGUGAUGGCGCGGCAGCUCCUGCAGGAUCCCCAGAUCCACGAUCCCCUAACCAGGGCGGCACGUCUGAUAACGGGGAUGCAGGGUCGGGCAAUGGAGGUAUCAGCGACCGGAUACGAAGGGGUCUGUUUGGCUCUCCGCAAUAA